AUGAACUAUCGGAUUUUCACGAGUUCAUCUGCUAACAUGGCCGCCUCGUGGUUGAUGAAGAGAUGGUGCUCUACAGCAGCCGCAGUGACAUCCAAGGGCACGAGGUGGCAAAGACUGAUCAAUAGUCGUGCAGGUGUGUGGUGUCGCAGUCUCUUAGGUGAUUAUAAGGAGGCUUGUCGUGAGGUGGUGUUGGGGGCCCGAGAUCGACCCCUCAAAGCCUCUGUCUACUUAGGUCUGCUUGGAGGAAUGUAUGCCUGUUAUUACACCAACCCCGAUGAUUCUUCCUUUGAGACCUGCCUUCUAGAAACUUCAAACCGUCUGGCUCUCCUGUCACCAUGGAUACGCAGUGGCACCUCAGAUGGGCAUGUCCAGAACCUGGUGAAACUGCGAAACGAGUGCAGACUGCGCUAUGCCAGUCUGGGCUUUGCCUCUUUGACUUAUUACACAGACUACGACCCUGUUUCCAGUCUAUAUGAAGCACAGUGUUCUGCGAUUUCUGUGCCCUGGGCUGAGUUGCCCAAACGGGUACUGGAUGUGGGCUUUGCGGGACGCUGGUGGAUGCUUGAUCGUAAAAUGAAGGAUUAUGAUAUUAACGAAGAGGAGUUCAGACAUCUGCCUCCCACUCUGGUGGCUACAGUUCCACCGUCACCCGAGAUAACGGAGAGGAAUGAAAAACUGCAUCAGGACUCAUGGAAGGCGGUGGUGAUGGAGGACGAGAGCAUUGCGUCAGACGGUGUACAGACAAAGGUGGAGACAUCUGGUGAUGGAAAACAAAUGAGCAGUACUGUGUAGAGACAUUUUUUUAUUUUAAUUAUGUUUACUUUAAUACUACACCUUGUAUUUGACAAGCAUGAUUGCACAGAUUAUCUGCGUUGACUGAUAAACUAAAAGUAAAUAGAAGAAGUGGUAUUCUAAUGUGUCAAGUUUUUUAUUUUCUGCUAAAUAUGUUGAAAUAGGUGGAAACUUCAAGAAUUGAACAAUUGCAAGAAAUGCCGUUCUUUAAAUGGAGUGAUGGCACAUAACUGUAAACUGAUGUAACCUAGUUUUAAAUUCUUGUGUUUUUUAUUUCAAUUUCUUGUCUUUGUGAAAGAAAGCAAAUGCCCCAUUUAUUCUCUGUUUAAGUCAAAAUGUCUGAAUGAAAAUAAAAAACAUGCUCAUCCUCAAAGACACUCAGAGUGUCUUGAGUCUGUGGACUGUUGGCACAUAAAGAAACAUUUAAUUUGUAACCUCAAUGCUGCAGAUGCACCAAUUCGAUAACUAUAUUUUUUCUCUGCAUACAAGGUCAUUGGCGUUUUUUGAUAAGUAACCAUUCAAGUCGUUUCUGCCUGUUCAAAAGGCUUACAGGGCUAAUUAUUUCCAUUAAUCGCAUUACCUCUAAAUGACCUGCUAUGUCAGAGGGGAACUUUGAUUCAUUUCCAAGGGAAAUCCUCUUUCAGAUUAAUCUCUUUACUCUUCCUCUCUGGCUUGUCUUCCUCCAUUAGUCUGGCUCUAUCCCCGUGCAGUCCUUUCUAAGAUGGGCGGUAUCGAUUGGCCGGCUCAUGAAGCUGCAUUCUGCUCUUUUUUUCUGAUUGGUAUCUCAGCUCCUGGAGAGGAUUGUUCAUUCAGGUCUCUUGCAAUAAAGAAUGUGAACACUGUGUGAUUG